CCCCCGUCCCCAUGGCGUGUCCCCUGGAGCAGGCGCUGGCCGUGGUGGUCGCCACCUUCCACAAAUACUCGGGCAAGGAGGGCGACAAGUACAAGCUGAACAAAGCCGAGCUCCAGGAGCUGCUGCUGAAGGAGCUGCCGAGUUUCAGCAAACAAACCAGCGAGGCGAGUUUGCAGCAGCUGAUGAACAGCCUGGACUGCAACAGCGACAGCGAGGUGGAUUUCCAGGAGUACGUGACCUUCCUGGCCUGCAUGGCCAUGAUGUGCAACGACUUCUUCCGGGAGCUGCCCGACAAGAUGCCGCGCAAGAAAUUCGGAGUGUUGGCGCUGGGGGAGCCCCCGGUGCCGCUCUGCCGAUCCCGGGCUGGUCCUGGCUCCGCCUCGCUGGGCACGCUGGAGGUUCUGUCGCUCGUGGUCAGCCUGAUCCUGGCGGCCAUCGCGGCCACGUCCUCCUUCAUCUACAGGUGA